CGAGUGGAGAGUGACGAUUCGGUGCAGAAACUUUUGUGAAUCCCGAUUUGCCCCUUGGAACCGGCAAAAUAGGAUCCCAGGGGAAUUCUCCCGAGAUGAUCGUUGAGAGCGGGGAAUAUCCUCCGCGCGAUGCCCCAAGAUGUCGUCCGAAGGUGCAAAUCACCAACAACGAUCCUCGAAUGGUAGACGUGAUGGUGGACCUGGAGAAUCGCGAUCUCUGGUACGAGUUCCAUAAAAAUGGCACGGAGAUGAUUCUUACCAAGUCCGGCCGACGGAUGUUCCCAGACCUGAAGUUCAAAAUAACAGGCCUGGAGGCCAAUCAGUACUAUUUCGUACUGAUAGACAUCGUGCCCACGGAUGAAUACCGAUACAAGUACAUGGGCAAGCACUGGGUGCCGGCGUACAAAACAGACGCACCGGCGCACAAGCUCAACCUGUAUUGCCACCCGGAUUCCCCCGCUCUCGGAGCGAAGUGGCUGUCGACGACCGUGGCCUUUCCUAAGCUGAAGCUGACCAACAGCUCCGCCUCGACAGACACCCACAUGGUGCUGAACUCGAUGCACCGGUAUACGCCUCGCCUCCACGUCUUCCUCGGCAGUGACAUCGCUCGAUUGGAUGCGCGGAACUUCACGACGUUCAUUUUUCCGGAGACGAGCUUCAUGGCGGUCACCGCCUACCAGAACGAGGAGGUAACGAACCUUAAAAUUAAGUACAACCCGUUCGCCAAAGGUUUCCGAGACGACGACCGGCGGCAAACGACCAAGCGGAGUGCCGACGACGCAGGUAUGAACGAGGAUCAAGAUUCGACGGAAACGAAAUCGGUGCGGGAAGACGCGGCCUCCUCGAGUCCGGAAACCCCGUGUUCUUCAUCGCCCGACACGGCUAUCCAGACGGCAAGCUCCAAAGGCGAUCUGCAGCUCGUGCCUGUCCCACAUCCCUCCCUCCCUCAGAUGACACCGAUGCAAUUGGACUUGCAGCUCCGGAUGCCAUAUGACCCUCGGUAUUGGCCAGCAUCGAAUUCCGUUUGGAGGGAUCUGCUCCACAUGCACUCGCAUAGUUUCCGUCCCUGGGUGGCUCAUGGACCGACACACGUCGCGAGUCCCUUAUUCCCGUAUUACCCUUCGGGGAUCGGCUAUCCCAGCCUGUAGAAACGGAGGUUCUUUUGUACUGCUGGCUUUAGUGCAAUUGGAAUCUAGGUGCUAAAGUGAUAUCUAGGUUGCGGCGGGUCACGCUUCCAGACAUUGUAUAUACCUUAGUAGCUUUAUCCCUAGAUAGAAUUAUGCCUAUUUUGGAGAACGCGUUGUGAAUUGAACGCACGUUGUUGGAAACUACUUCGAACUUGAAAUCUCGUAUUGUUGAAUAAAGAAAAAUAGCCCCCUGUUUCGU